AUGCAUUCCCUCUUAUUCCUAACUGUGGCUUCACUCGCCGCUGCUCACGUUCCUUCAGUCAAUGUGCCAGCAUGUCCUAAAUAUGGCAGUAUCAAAUUCUCUAAAUCCGUACCCGACGGUGAUCCUUUUCCACGCACCCAAGUCGAUCUCUGCUACACGGACACCGCUCUCUCCCUGAAGUUUACUGCCCUGGAUGAGAAAUACUUCUACUUCAACGAAUCCCAGGGAACAAACGAUGAUAUCUGGGCUUACGAAGUCAUGGAAGCGUUCAUUUACAAGGGCACCGACGAUCCGCAGACAUAUCUCGAGUACGAAAUCAAUCCCAACAACGUAACCUACCAAGCCUUUGUCUACAAUCCUUCCAAAGUCCGAGAGGAAGGAGCGCCAUUUGAUCACUUUUUCAUUUCCGACCCCGAGGGUGACGGGUUUGAGGCCGAGACGGAACUUAAUAAGAAGGCGAAGAAAUGGGUCAGCAAGGCACAGAUUCCGUUGGGUUUGUUUAAUGUCGAUCCAGGCUGUGCCCGCGGUACUAAGUGGAGGAUGAACUUCUUCAGAACGGUUACGAGCCCUAAGAUGUUUCCCGACCAAGACCUUGGAGGAUGGAGUUCGCCUGACAAGGCCAGUUUUCACAUAACCAAGUUCUUUGGGCAUGUCAAGUUUGUUUAA